GAGAAGAGACUCCAUCCGGCAGAGCACUCGGGUGCUUACUGUCAGAGUGUGGCUGGAGAGCUAUAUGCUCAGUCGAAAUCUCAAUCUCCGCAGAGGGGAGAUGAGGCUGCAAUUCCCCUUUCGAGGAAGCGGUGGCAAGAGAUGUCCUCAUCUCCAGAGGGCAAUCCUGACUAUGUGAGUGAACAUGCAAAGGAACAGCAUCACGAAUGCUGUCAUGAGAUAAAUGGAUGGACGAUCCAGUGGGCGAAGUGGGCGGCUGCUCUAGAUCAUCUACUAGAAGGUCGUCGUCAUCUAAAAGGCCAAGAUCCGAGAGAGAAUGUGGAUGCGAUGAUUGCGUCUUUAAAGAAGGAGACGGCUAAAGUUGAGGCCGACAUGAAAGGUAAAAAUUCUGAACAAGUUGCUCAGUUGGAGGUGGCGCAGGCUGAGAUCUCGGCAUUGUCCGAGGAGAAGAAGGCCUUUCAAACCAAAGUGGCCGAACUCAAAGAGGGCCUUGCCUUUGCCGAACAGCAUUCUAAGGCUUUGGAAGCCAAGGUUGAGGAAGUGGAGGAAAAACUGCUGCAAGAAAAGACUGAGCAUGACACAACUCGGAAAGAAUGCUCCGAGGUUCAUGAACUUGUGGGCCGACAACGGGAUGCUCAUCAAGCUGAGAUGGCGAAGUUGGAAAAAGAAAAAUCUGAAUAUGGGGAGUUCAUGUAUGAGAACGGUUUUCAAGCCAGGAAAGACUCGGUUCCCGAGGUUACAGCCGUCCAAGUCGGUGUGGAGGAGGCUGCGGACGGCGUCGACACUGAUGUAGGAGAAGUAGGCCCAAAUUUGGAGCUAGAGAUGAAUACCUGUCUGACACUUCG